AUGCGAUGCAGCCGUCGUUCGUCGGCGCUGGCCCUCGGCUGCGCCGUCCUGUCUGGCCUGCCGUCGCCAGUCUCGGCCGCCUUCAUCACCUUCGACAACUGCCUGGACCAGAGCAUCCGCGACUCGACCCCUCUGCAUCUUCAGUUCGUCCCGCUCUUUGUCGACGCGCGCUUCAACACGUCCGACCCGAGCCAUAACCUCAAUCUCACCAUCUACGGCAAUGUCAGCGGCCAGGCCACCCAAGGCAACUAUCCGCCUCCCAACGACCCGUCAUGGCGAGAUCCAAACGACCCAUUCGGCAAGAUAGUCGACCUCUCGCCCUCCAACAACAAAUACUCGACCCUCUUCCAGCGCUACCAAGUCCUCACCUUCGACGCCUACGAGGCCAACCCGAGCCGCUUCUGCAAUUCGACCGUCAACGACUCUUGUCCCUUGGCCCCUUCCUUCUACAAAAAUCCUUAUGACCCCUACGACCUCUCGGCCUUCACCGUCAGCCAUGACUUCUAUAGCUCGUAUGCUUUCGCAACCAUUGCCACUACCAUCACCGCAAAGUCCGGCGACGCAGGCGCUCCAGACAUUGCUUGCAUUUCCGCCAACAUCACCCCAGCGCUCAGUCACACCCUGUCUGGCCUGUUGACAUACCUUCCUGUCGCCAUCCUUAUACUUGUAGCCCUCGCGACCGCUGCUGCCGGCAUCUACUCUCCUUGGGGUUCUACUGACCCCUUCAAAUGGACUACAAAUUAUGGUCGUGAUCAGGAUCUGCUGCGUCUUGUGACGCCUGGUUUUGGCGACUGCUUGCAAUACAUACAAUUUAUCUUCUUGACGGGUGCGCUUAGCCUCAAUUACCCUGGCUAUUACGCACCAGUCACCAAGCAGGCGAGCUGGUCCGCUUUGCUUUUUAACACAAGUUACGUCUCUCAUGGGGACGGGACCCAAUCUCUUCAGGAUGGAAUAUACAUCACCAAUGGAACCUACGGCAUGACUCGCAUGAGCCAACUGGUGGGCAUGACUGCAGUACGCGACAUCUGGGCGUGCAUGGCUGUCUGGCUGCUUGUCGUCGCGGUUGCCGUCGUCGUCCUCUGUCAGCUGGCUUUCCUCUUGCGCUGGCUGAUUCGUCUUCUCGCCAAUAGCCAACAAGAAGAUCUUCGGAAGAAGAACUGGCCCUUGAGCGGUGGCAUGGUAGUGCGUAUUAUCUUCAACUACUUCCUUCUGCCCAUUGUUGCUAUCUCCAUGUUCCAAUUGAUAGUGGCUGCGCGAUCGCCUGCUUCUGUGGUUGCCAUGGCCGUUAUACUUCUACUAGCCAUCAUCGUCCUUGCUCUCUGGAUCCUCAACCUCAUUUUCCGCACCAAGCCCCGCGCCUACCUUUUCGAUGAUCUUCCGACUGUUCUGCUCUACGGCCCACUUUACAACACCUAUUCCGAUGAGGCCGCUCCAUUUGCUCUCAUUCCUGCCAUUCUCACUUUCAUUCGAGGUAUCGCCAUCGGUGCGGUACAGCCUUCGGGCAUUGCACAGCUGGUCAUCAUGGCCAUCUGCGAGGUUAUUCUUAUAUUAACAUUGCAUGCAUUCCGUCCAUUCCAUUCGCCAACCCACAUGAACGCCUACCAUACAUUUUUUGCUUCUGCAAGACUUGCGGCCGUUCUCCUCAUGGUCGCGUUCGUGCCAUCUCUGGGUGUCACGGAGGCGCCCAAAGGAUGGAUCGGCUAUGCUAUUCUUCUAAUUCAUGGUAUAGUCCUUAUUUUUGGCUUCUUCAUGAACGCCCUACAGACUCUACUAGAAGUCUUCGCCCGUAUGGCAGGCGCAGGAGGUGAUCCUCAACAUGGAGCACAGAGAGGAGGUCUGAUAUCGUUCGGUUGGCGUCAGCUUCGCAAGCGGCAACCAGGUAGGCAAGCAAAUAGACCUGGUAGCAUGAUGUCUGAUGCUGCUAUCUUAGCCAACGACUCGGACGCCAAAUCGCUCAACCUCAUGGGAGGACGAUCGAGAAGCAUGUCUGCCAGCUCCCAGAUGAUGCUUAGCCAGCACCUGUCUGAUAAUCGUGUAAGUGGCGGCUUCGAUCAAUUCGCUCAGUCCGAGUAUGCAUACACUCCAACGAUGGAAACUCCGGCUACUCCUUAUAGUGCCGUCCCACCAUCUGCCAGUUCUGUUGCAGGAGUUGGUAAUCCUGGCAAGCGUCCAAUUUUGGGCAUCAAGACAGAACAACCUCUGUCAGAUCCGUACUAUCGGGCGCCUCGACCACGCAGGAAUACCAAUGAUCCAUAUACUCCGGGUGCCAGAAGCCGACACUCAACAAGCGGUGAUUGGAACAGGCUACCGUAUCAAGAUUCUCCAGAUCAUUCAGGCGGUGUUGACGAUCUCGGAGAAGGUGGCUCAAUUGUGCCUCCUUACCUGCGGACUCAACACAGAGGUGGUUCGGAUCCAGAUCUGGCAGAUCUGACACCCAGGGAGAGGACCGAUUAUGCUGUAAGAGAAGUUGAUUUCUAUUAUGGUGUCAGAGGACCAGCUCUCUCGAAUGCACCCGCGAGAAAACUCAAGACUGGGCCUGCAGAUCCUGUAGGUCCUGUCUCAUCUGCUACCACAUGGUUCCAGCGUCUCGUUGGUGGAAAAAGAAAAGAUAAAGGCAAAGGAUUUGAGGUGGUCCGCAGUUCUCGCAUGCCUGCGAACAUGACACGUGAGCCUAUCGAUGACGAGGAAGGGCAAGAAUUGGAGACUUCACCGCCAAUGAAUUACCAGCCAUACACGGACUCACCAGACCCACAAUUAAUGGCCGGCGCUCGUAGGUCAACCAGUCCCGAGGGAUAUGGAGACAUGGGUAGCCGACUUGGAGGAACCUGGAACAAUAUGGAAGCCGAGGAGUCGGACUCCGAGAGCGACAUUACGAACACUCGACCAUCUUCUCGACCAUCUUCACCACCUUACCUUCGUCCUAUAUCUCGAACUGGUAGCAUCAAGUUCGAUGAAGACGACAAGCCAGUAAGGGUUCCCUCGAGUGCUGCCGACAAGGAUUAUUUCCCAGCAUCGCCACCACCACGUCACCCAUUCCAUGUCGGCAACAGCGUCGGCCACAACGGAAGACCCACCAGUAUGGGUACAGUACAGCAGCGCGUGACGAGCGACAGCGUUUUCCAGAGCGCAGGAGUUGGUGAAGGAAGCAUAGCGGAGAUUGUGACCAACGAUCGAACCAUGAGCAUGGAAUCCCGACACGCACCACGAUGA